AUGUACGAACACACAGCUUCAGCUCCUGGAUUGUUAGAGGUAGACGAGAGGAUCAUACCAUGGGGUGAAAAAGAGCGAGACCGAGACCUGCAGCUUGUCAGAGAUUACAAGCCUCACAAAGAUGUCCAGCAUCUCAGAAUUAUGCUUUAUGGACCACCAGGUGCUGGAAAGUCCAGCUUCAUCAACUCUGUGGACAGUACUUUAAGAGGCAAAAUCGCAACUCGAGCUUCAGCAGACGCAACCUCUGGUGUCAGUUUCACUAAUGCAUACAGGACAUAUAAAAUUCACAGAGAAAAUCCAAGAACCUUUUAUCCUUUUGCAUUCAAUGACACCAUGGGCCUGGAGAGGGGCGCUGAGGGAGGAAUUCUUGUGGAAGACAUCAAACUUGCCAUGAGUGGACAUGUAAAAGAAGGUUACAGGUUCAACCCCAAAUGUCACUUGUUUGAAACGGAUCCUGACUACAACAGUUCUCCUACUUUAGAUGACAAAGUCCACAUUCUGUUUUCGAGGAAUAAUCAAAUCCUCAGAAGCAGGGUUGUCCAGUCCAGUGGAAGGCGGGCGGCCACGGCGGGGGGCCUGAGCCGGGACCACCUGAUCAUCCAGAAGCACAUGUGCUGGUUUAAGUCUGUCAAUAGAAACAGCCUCCUGCCGACCCCCAAAGUCCAAAAGGAAAUGCUUCCGGCCUGGUUGAAGAACCCUAAAGGGGCCGUCAUACAGUGGACACAGCGGAGGCCUAUGAGCGUCAUGCCUGACAAAAACAAACUGCGAAGAGUCCAACGACCUCGGAACAAAGGUGUCGGGCAGACAAUGGUGCACUGGGCCAGGAAGAGAAAACGAGUCUCUUGGGGGAUGGAGAGACAGCACAGAGGGAAUGAAGCACAGGGGUGGGCUCUCGGGCAAGAAUUCCCCAGGGACCCAGAGGGGCUUACCGAGGACAAGUUCAGCCGGGGAAACCCCGAGGUCUUCUUUAACCGCGCACCGCAACCCCAGUAA